AUGGCUGGACUACCGGAUAACCCUGAUGACUGGUUUCGACUUGAGGAUCCUGAUGAGCCAUUUGGAGUUCCUUUGCAUCCACAUCCACUACACUUAGCAGGGGAUCCGUACUUUCCCCAUGACGGUCUUGAGGAGGAGGAUCCCGAAGAGGAUCCUGAGGAGGAUCCCGAUGAGGAGGAGCUCGAGAAUGAGGGCAUAUUUCAGGAUGCCCAAGAGACUGAUGAUGAUGGUCCUGCAGAGGAUGAGGGAGACCUCUCCGAAGAGGAACCUACUCCCCUUACCCCACCAGACUCACCACCGAGACCCUACUACCAACCGUACCUUCUGCGCGGCAAGGGCCCUUGUAUGAUGAGGACCCCAGGAACUACUAUAUCUCCUAUUUACCACUUGGACCCAGCUGCUCAGGUUUCCCGACCCACUAGUGGUCUAUUAGGGAAACGUAAUCGACCCAGUGAGCCAUCUUGGCUCACAGACCUCCUUAGCAGGAGGGAUGCUACUGAUCUACCACCACGGUUUGAGGUUGGUGAAUCUUCACGAGCACCACUCAGGUUUAAUCCUGAGGAUGAUCCGAUACCUCGCUUGAUGACUCAGAUUGAUCAGACCGAGGAUAGGAUUAGAUCCUUGGAGCAGUUUGUGAGAGGUCCAGGCUCUACUUCCCUCGACCAUCGAGUUGAGACACUCGAGGAAGAGGAGAAGGAGAAUUCUGAUGCGAUCCAGAUAUUAUAUCAUCUCUCGGGUGCUGAUCACGAUGCAGUGAAUGCCUUGAGUGCUCAGGUAAGAGCACAGAACUACCGGAUUCAGAUCAUGGAGAGCGAGCUUGCUGCACAGCGAAAUCAGUUGGUUAUCUCUGCGCAGGAACGACGCUACAUCUUGGACCAGUUCGAGGACUUUGUCCUCUAUGUGAUGACUCGAUUUGGGAGGUAG